GAGAAAUAAUUUAAAACCAAUUUCUCUUUGCCAGCAGCAAAAUGAAGAUUUUGGUCUUCACAGUACUUUUCACGUUUGGGACGUUUCUUGUCUCUGCGCAAUCAACGGAUCCACCACCUUCUCAACCACCAUCAACGCCAAAGCGUUCAUCAGAACCAAUGGGUCCACCACCACCUCGGGAACCGAGAACGACACGCCGUCCAUCAGAACAAAAGGGUCCACCACCACCUCUAUCACCAUAUCGGUCACCAACAACGACAUUGCGUCCACGAGGAUCAGCGGGUGCAUCAUCAUCUCGACGACUAUCAACGCCACCCUCUCCAGGUGAAACAAGGAUAUCUGCGCUUGUCGCUCCAGUAAAUAAAGAUCUAAUCUUCCGUGGCAGACUUGUUUAUGCAGCAUAUUAUGAAUUGUUCGAUGAGUUUUUCGUACUGAAGCCAAAUUACCAACUAGAAUACGAGCACGGCGCACCAAAAGUAGUGAAGCUUCAAGAUUUAGAAGAAGAUGAUCUACUGGUACGCGAUAAGCAUAUGAUUGCAUUUUAUUCAGUGCGAACUCACCAAUUUAUUAUGCUACCUGAAAAUCUACGGGCGCGUCUCAUCCGAUAACUUUGAACGAAUUUUGUCCAAUGUUAGUUCAAUACUGUUGUUUUGACAAAUAAACUGUAGAACUAUUGGAGCGAAUCGACAUAUUUAACGAAACGCGUUUACAUCUGUACCUUUUACCUUUCACAGAAUUUUUAAUUUCAAGUGUUUAUUUGCGCAACUAUAGACAUGCUAAAUAUUCAUGCACUAAGUCGCCUAGAACCCAUAAUCAAAACACUAAUGUGCAGAUGUGCUUUUAUGUUAAGAAUCAAAGAACUGUUAAUGCAAAAUUUAUGAAUAAUAAAAAAAGAAUCAAUUUGGUA